GAAUACACACAACUCAGAGCCCAACAAGAAAACUCAGACAGAACAACACAAAUUUAAAACUACAAGAACCAGAUCACUCAUGAAUACUUGCUUGAGUUUAAUGAAAUGUAGAUGUCACAGAGUUGUUCUCUUGCUUUGCAGGAUCGGUCACCUGCUGCCUUGAAAGUGCUACAUUGAGAAGUUGCAUCACAAUGGAGAAACUCAUCAGCAGCCCUGCAUCGCACAACCAGUCGUCGGUGUUCACCACAAUAUUCAACUCGAGCUGUCGCUUUGAUGAGGAGUUCAAAUACAUCCUGCUGCCUGUGUCCUACAGCCUGGUGUUUGUGGUGGGCUUCGUGCUCAAUGCCACCGCUCUGUGGGUGUUCCUGAAGAUGCGCCCGUGGAACCCCAGCACUGUGUUCAUGUUCCACCUCGCCCUGUCCGACUUCCUGUACGUCCUCUCCCUGCCAACCUUGAUCUACUACUACGCCAACCGCAGUCACUGGCCCUUUGGAGUGGCCGCCUGCAAAAUAGUGCGCUUCCUCUUCUAUGCAAACCUCUACUGCAGCAUCCUCCUCCUCACCUGCAUCAGCGUGCACCGUUACCUGGGCAUCUGCCACCCAAUCAAGGCGCUGACCCUUGUGAAGUCCCGCCAUGCCCACCUGGUGUGCGGCAUGGUGUGGGCCGUGGUGAGCGUGUGCCUGGUGCCCAACCUCAUCUUCGUCACCACCUCCAGGAGGGACAAUGACACCCUCUGCCAUGACACCACCAGCCAAGGGUCCUUUGAGGAGUAUGUGGACUACAGCUCUGUGGUCAUGGUGCUCCUGUUUGGCAUCCCGUUUCUGGUAAUUAUGGUGUGUUACUACUUGAUGGCGCGGGCGCUGUGCCGACCCAGACAGGGAUUGUCUUCCAGCCAGCAGGGCACCGCCACAAGUCAGAAGUCCAUUAAACUCAUUAUCGUGGUGUUGGUGGUGUUUGCUGUGAGCUUCGUUCCAUUUCACAUCACACGGACGCUCUACUACACCUCCCGUGUGUUGAAUCUUGACUGUGAAUUCCUCAACAUUGUCAACUUUACUUACAAGAUCACCAGGCCUCUGGCCAGCAUCAACAGCUGUAUUGACCCAAUCCUGUAUUUCAUGGCUGGGGACCACUACCGGUCCAAAAUGAUGUCUGUUCUGAGAGCAAGAAGACAGACGACGAUCAGCCAUACACCUGAACGUUCACAAACACGGCCGAAAAAUCACCAUGACAUCCCUCUGGCGUAUAACAACACAGCUCUUAAAGCCAGUGAAGAUUCUGAGAAAUAGUGGGAACUAUUGCAUGAAUCUGAAGUAUUUGUCUUCGAACAUUUGUAACUGCUCAAACUGUGGCCUGUUUGUUCUUCCUUUUUUUUGCACUGAAAAAUGUAGAAGAUAAUUAGUUUACUGUACCAUUUACUUACAGUAUAUGCUUUCAAUUCAUCAAUGUUGUGUAAUGCCUGUGUUCAACAGGCAUAAAGACCAUGUUUUAAUUUCCCUCACUCUUUUGAGGUUACUGUGUUUGUGUGGGAAGGAGUGUGAACUCUUUCCUUACUUACAACCCUUCUACCACAAUUGGAUUUUGAGUCAAAACACAACUUAUGAAAGACAGUAUUCACGCUGCUGUAUACUGUAAUUUGUGAGGAUAGAAAGAAUAGCAGUAUAAAAUGGCAGAAGAAAUCUUUACUUUUAAAUUAUGGGAACAGAAACUGAGCAACUUUGUUAGUUGUUCACAGGUGCCUUAAAGUAAAUUAUAGUAACUGAAUUGUUGUCAUCAAUUUGACCAUGACUGAUCUAAGUAUUAAAGUGAAUUUCUGACCAAAGAUGACAGACACUCUGGCUAUGUCCUCAGAAAUGAGGAAAUUAUGAGGCAAUCCUUCCUGUUGUAUCAACAAUGUCACUAUGUUACCCAGAAACUGCAGCUAUGGUCAGUUCAGCUCCGGGUCCCAGCUGUUUUUGUCCUUCAACUUUCACAGCUGUCUUUUGUUUGACUGUGGAGUAAAAGCAAAGAGAUGGCUCUAAACGAGACAUAUCUUUUCAAACCACCCACGCCCCAUUCGAGGGAUAAGCAAUUUUCCUAUUUUCCCUUUUACCUUUGGGAUUGAUACAUGGAAUGUUAAGCCCGUUUUUUUCUUGAUGGUUUUGCAACAUGUGAAAGCAGCAUUCAAAACUUAAUUACAGAGCAUUUCUCCCUCCGUUCGCACUGGUUUUUAUUGUUGACAUACUGUAUGAACCAAUGCUGUAGCAGAUGUAUUCAUAAAGCUAUGCGUCACAUGUUGUGCUUGUGAUAUUUGGUGUGAGCACUGUCUUUGAAGAUAUCUUUGUAAUGACAGUUAGAUAUGUAAUAUAAAGUGUUAGAUAAUAAGUAACUAUACUAUAUGCAAUGUAUCAUUAUCACAUUAUGCAACGACUGUUUCCUCUCUUGCCUGGGUGAAAAUCACUUGUGAUAUCACUAAGCUCUGAGUUCUUCUUCUUCUAUAACUCGCACUCAGGAAAAGAGUGAUGUAAAGUGAUCUAUGAAUUUAAGGUACAGCAUCAUAUCUGCCAGUUCUGAAAACCUUAAAUACAUGUGUUUAGCCAGACUGAAACUAACACAGCUCGCUGUCAGUGAGGACAGUACUACUAUCGUUAAGUACAAUUUUAAAGUACUUUUACUGAGUUUUUCCAUUUGCUGGUCCUAUGUUCUUGUACUGUACUAAUUCUGAAAGGGAAAUAUUGUAUUUUUUUCUCCACUACAUUUAUCUGAUCACUUCACUUAACUUUAAGAUUCAGAUGAAUAGGAGAACAUAUAACAAUAAUAAUCCAUAAGUAUAUCUCAAUAAAAUAAUAUAUAC